AUGAAGAUUACCGCCGUGGUUGCUCUCGCACUUGCAGCCGUUGUUGCAGCUUCUCCUGUUGCUGAACCGAAACUUGUCGAACCACCUUUGCAGGCUCCUGCAAGAGCGACUGUGCCUCUCUGGCGGCGAGCUCCUGCUCCAAGUCUUGUGCUUCGAGCCCUAGUUGCUAUACCGCCUGCUAUAACGCCAAGUACGCUGCUUGCGUUCGUGACUAUUGCUAGAGAGCGGAAGUCGAAGAUGUGGAAGGAGCUUGAUGUUGGCAGCUGA